AUGGAAGAAUUCAUACGACAAUUAACUCAUGAUAAUAAACAAUUUGAAAAUCAAUGGCCAGAUAUAUUUAAUAAAUUAAAUAAAUUAUUGAAUACGAAUUCAGAAAUUGAUUUUAUUAUUGCCAAAAUCAAAUCAUUAGAUGCUCUUGUUGAUUAUAUUCUAGCUGAUACAGAAGUAAUACUUUAUUUAAAAUUAACAUUUCUCGAAAUAAUAAUUAAACAAUGUAUAGAUGAUCCGAAACCAUCAUUAAAUGAAUUAGUACGAAUAUUUUGUCGUAUAUUAAAUAUAUUAAAUACAAAUAAUUUAUUUUAUUUAACAUUUCUACAAAACUUUUAUUUUAUUUUUCGACUUGGUGAAGAAUUAACAAAAAAUUUAUCUAAUGAUUUAAUUGAUAUUAUAUUUAAUUGUUUACAAAAACAUGAAUUUUUAGACAAAAAUUUCGAUAGUAAAAUACAUGAAGCAUGGGAAUAUUUUGUAACACGAGGUAUUUUUACACCAAUAACUAUGGAUAAAAACAAAUUAAAUUAUGAAGAUACAAUGAUUCAUAUGAGAAGUAGUUUUCAACAAUUGUACAGAUGGGCAUCUCGUAAUUCAUACCAAUCAAAAAUUUGGUCAGAAGUUCUUCUUGUUUUUGAACGUACAUUACCAACAUUAUUCAAUAGUUAUACUAAUUCAGACGAUGCAUUAUCUUAUUUAACAACAUGUCUUGAACCUUCUAUAUCAUCCAAUUAUGUUCUUUGGAUUUCUAAAUCAUAUCAAUGUCAAAUUGAUCUAUUUAAAAUACAUGUAUCUGAAAUAUAUACAAUUAUUGAAAAACUUGUAUCUCAAAAUCGAAUUGAUCAUGCAGAAUAUUUUAUGAAUAAUGUUCUUAUUAUUCAUUUUAAUUCAAUACUUAAUCUUGAAGAAUUACUUCAUAUGUUAAUUCAUAUAUGUUCAUUAGUUAAUAUUGAAUCACGAAGUCUUUUAUGUAAAACUUUAAUAUCAUCAAUAUCUUAUGAAUUAACAAAGAAAAAAUUUAAUAAACAAUUAGCAGAAUUAUUUUUUGAUUUCAUUCUUGCAAUACUUAAUUUAAAUAUAAUUGAAGCUCCUAAAAUUGCUGAUCGUAUAAUAUCUAUAAGUGAUUUUUAUCCAUGGAAACAAUUAGAUAAAAAAAUAACUCAACUUAUACAAGCAUGUAUUACUUAUGAUAAUAUUCUUAAUGAUACAUUUGAUACUGAUAUUGAUCAGUUAGAAAAAAUUUUAAGUUUAAUUUGUGAACGAAGUAAAACUAAUAUAACAAUAUUACAUGCAACACAUGAUUUAGCUUUACAAGCUAUUUUAAAAUGGUCAACAAUUAUUAAUAAUGAAACAGGUCAACCAUAUGGUAAACAUGUUUAUCGUAUGGGACAAACUAUGAUAGAUUUAAUUGAUCAAAAACAAAUAACUGUUGAUAUAUGUAGUAAAUUUCUUGAAAUAUUUCAAAAACAAAUUGAUAAUAAUGAUGCAACUUAUGAUUUUCAUCAACUUCAUGAUAAUUUUUUUAGAUAUAUGGGUAAAUUAUUAGCUGAAUGUCUUGCACAAUUGAAAACUUUACCAAUAACAUUACAUCAACAAAUAGUUUCAUUUUCUUUAGCAGCAUUUAAUUGUCCAUUUACUACUGAAAAUGGAUAUAUGACAUUAUCACAUGCAAUUAGUUUAGGUUUAUGGUGUAGAAUUGGAUUAUAUAUUCAGAAUGAAGAUGAUGCACGUCCUUAUGAACCUUGUCUGGAUCGAUUAUAUCAACUAGUAUAUAACGAAGAUGAACAACAUUUACAUUCAUGGUGGAUUAAUUUUUGGAGUAUCAUUGGUAUAAAAUAUCCAAAUAUAGCUGUUAAUCAUACUUCACAAUUUCUUAAUGAAAUCAUCGAUCAUAAACAAUUAACGUUAUUGUCAAUACUUCCUCCACUAUACAAUAAACAACCAGAAUCAUUUCAUGCUCGACUCGAUGAUCUUAUUCAUGCUCUUUUCGAUUGUAAUGGUCAAUAUUUAACAUCUCUAUCUAUUCUUUUCGGUACUAUUGUUAAAGUACAUCCAGAAAUAAUAACAUCAAAACAUAUUGAUUAUUUAUUUAAUUCAAUUAAAAAUCAUACGAGUUCAUUUGAUCAAAUAAAUUCUAUUUUUCAAACACUCGGUUAUGUAGCCAAUGCACAAUCACAUUUAUUUGAUAAAUAUCAAAAUGAACUUUUAUAUUAUGUUAUUGAAAAACAUAGUUUAGCAGCAUUUAGUUGUCUACAACAAUAUUUAAUUGCAUCAACAAUUAUGAAAGGUGAAAAAACAGCUGAUGAAUAUAUUAAUUUAUUAAUUAAUUUAAUAAAAAAUACAAAAAAUAUUUCAAAUGAUUUAAAAUCACAAAUUUUUUAUACAUGUCAAUUAAUUGGUAUUAAAUAUAAAAAAAUUCUUGCAACUAAACGUAAUGAUUUAAUACUAUUUGAAUCAAAUUCUUCUUGUCAAACUUUAAUUAAUUUUAUUGAUGGAAACAAAUUAAGUGAGGAAAAUCAAGCAGCUAUUAAUCGUACACUUAAUGAAAUAGAACAAAUAGAAAAACGUGUUGUUCAUACAGAACGUGAUGUACAAAAUAUAACAAAAAUAGUUAAACAUCAAGAAUUAAAUAUUACCAAUCUUAAUCAACAUAUUAAUAUAUUUGAUACACGUAUAAAUGAUAUAGCUGAACAAGUUGAACAACAUACUCGAGAAAUAGAACGUAUCGAUAUGAAAACAUUAAGUUAUGUUCCAUCUAUAUGGGGUCAUGAUGUAUGUAAACUUCUUAAUAUACGUACUAAUAAUGAUUGGCGUUUACUUGGUAAACGUUUUGGUUAUUCAACAAGUGAAUUAAAACAUUGGUCUAUGCAAAUUGAUCCAUCAAUGUCUUUACUUAAUGAAUGGUUUAUGACACAUAAAACUGAUGAAGCAACAUAUGGACUUUUAAAAAUUUUAAAUGAUAUAGGUCGACAAGAUGUUGAAGAAAUAAUUCGUCAAGCUCUUACAACUGCUGGUGAACUUAUACCAGAUGAUAUAACAAUGGAUAUUAAACGUUUGCCACCAAUUUUUCUAUCUUAUGAAUGGGGUUCACAAAAAGCUGUUUUAAAACUUAAAACAAAUCUUGAACAAGCUGGUUAUUCUUGUUGGAUGGAUAUAGGACAAAUGGGUGGUGGUGAUAGAUUAUUUUCUAAAAUUGAUGCUGGUAUACGUGGUGCUAAAGUUAUUAUUUGUUGUAUGAAUAAAAAUUAUGCACAAUCUGAUAAUUGUUUACGUGAAGUUCAUUUAACAAUAAGUACAGGUAAACCAUUAAUACCUUUACAAAUGGAAAAACAAUUAUGGCCACCUGAAGGUGCACUUGGACCAAUAAUGAGUGAAUAUUUAUAUAUACGUUUUUAUGAUAGAAAAACUAAUGAUGAAAAUUAUUGGCCAAUAGAUAAAUUUACUGAAUUACUUGGUCAAAUACGUUAUCAUAUUGCACCUGAUCCUGAUAUGAUUACUCAACAAUAUUAUAAUUGGUUUGUACCACGUAUUGAUAAUUUAAUUUUUCUUCAAACAGAAAUAACAAAUAAUAAGAAAGAUAAAAUUCAAAUUCAAAAUAAUAUACCACUUAUUGUUACUCAUCCACAAAUAAUGAUAUCAUAUCAAUGGGAUUAUCAAAAAGAUAUUAUUAAUUUAUAUGAAAAAUUAACAAAAUUAGGUUAUUGUUGUUGGCUUGAUAUAUUUCAAAUGGGUGGUGGUGAUUCAUUAUUUGAAAAAAUUGAUAUUGGAAUACGUCAUGCUAAAUGUAUUUUAUCAUGUGUUACAUCCAAAUAUAUAAAAUCAAUUAAUUGUCGACGAGAAAUGGCAUUAGCUGAUGCUCUUCAAAAACCUAUUAUACCAUUAUUACUUGAAGAAACAAGUACAUGGCCACCAGUUGGUCCAAUGUCAAUGAUAUUUGCUGAAAAAUCUUAUAUUGACUUUCGACAUUUAAAAAAUGAUAAUGAAAGAUGGAUUGGAAAAGAAUUUGAAUUAGUACUUGCUCGAUUAAAACACUAUAUACCAGAAGUACAAACAGAAAAAUCUCAACGAUAUUUAAUUGAUAUGCAACGACCAACAACAGCAAUGAAACAACAAGAAAAAAAGCCACAACGAAUUCGAAGUGCACCUAUUACACCACAAAGUCGAGCAUGUUCUAUUAUGUAG